CCCCCGUGUUCUCCUCCUUGUUUGCUCCUUUCACCUUUGACCCCCAUCGCCUCGCUCUUUGCCUCUCCUGAGCCCCCCUCUCUCUUCUUCCCUCCGAGGGAAGAAGAGCUCGGGAAACCAACCAAACCCUAACUUUAAUCCCCUCCUCCAUCAAACCCUUGUCUUCUCGCAACCCCUUUGAUUGCCCUUUUCCGAUCUCGAUCCGGUGGUCUUUUCCGCAGAAAGGGCUUAUUCUCUGUGAUCUCGAGCCUCCCCUCGAUCCCUCCGCGCUCUCCUCCAGACCCCGUGCAUCCGACCUUGCUCCGUUUCUCCAAGAUCGCAGCCAUGGCGAUUCGCGCCACCGUCUCCUACUCCAGCUACCUGGCCCAGUCCAUCGCUGCCUCCGCCGCCCUCCGCUGUGGCCACUGCCGCCUCUUCUGCGACGUCGCCGGACGCAGCCCCCUUGCCCUCUUCGCCGGCCACCGCCGCUCCGACAAUGAUGAUCCCCCCGCCCCGGGCCGCGGUCCCAGUCGAUCUAGGGUUUCCGAUUGGUCCAAGACCCCGGCUUCCCGGUUCUCCUCCUCGUCAUCCUUCUCAAAGGACUCCUCGGUGAAUGAUCGCUGCGUGCCGAAUCUGACUGUUGGCUUGCUCUCUGUCAUGGUUUCCGGCUCUGGCUCGUCGACUGCCGGCGUCGGAUUUUUCGGGAUCUCAUCUUCCAUGGGGAUGGGGUUCAAGCCUUCGUCGCUGCUUCCGUUCUUGCAGGCAACGAAGUGGUUUCCUUGCAGUGAAUUCCUCCCGGGGUCGGCGAGAAGUGCCUCGGUGGAUGAGGGAGGGACCGUUCCCAGUGAUAAGAGAGACAUGAUUCCUCUCAACAGUAAUGGUGGGAUGGUUUCUUCUGAGGGAAGUGGGGCUAAGGAGAGUUCGAGCUCCAUGAUGACUGCGAAGGGGUUGGAUAGCAAGCUCGGGGAAAUGAAUUCGGGUGAGAGGCAUGGGUGGCUUUCGCGGUGGAUGAAUUCCUGCUCAGAUGAUUGUAAGACUGUUCUUGCAGCGCUGACUGUUCCGCUGCUGUACGGGUCGCUCAUGGCAGAGCCGAGAUCGAUCCCUUCUAGGUCUAUGUAUCCGACUUUUGAUGUUGGAGACAGGAUUCUAGCAGAGAAGGUCUCUUAUCUAUUCCGAGAGCCAGAAGUCACAGACAUUGUUAUCUUCAAAGCUCCUCCAAUUCUUCUGGAAAUUGGAUACAAUUCAAGCGAUGUCUUCAUCAAAAGGGUUGUGGCUAAAGCUGGGGACUAUGUCGAAGUGCACGAUGGUAAAUUGUUGGUGAAUGGUAUUGUCCAAGAUGAAGAGUUCAUAUUAGAGCCUCUUGACUAUGAAAUGGAUCCAGUGCUUGUACCUGAAGGUUAUGUCUUUGUGCUGGGAGAUAAUCGCAAUAACAGCUUUGACUCUCAUAAUUGGGGUCCACUUCCUGUCAAAAAUAUUCUUGGAAGGUCAGUGAUUCGAUAUUGGCCGCCAUCAAAAAUAUCAGACACUAUUUAUGAACCAAAUGCAGUGCAAAAUGUGCUGGUAGUUUCUUGACACAUGCCCUUCCGCUUGAAGAACAAGAUCUGACUGGUAAGGAUGAUUCUGAUGGUUGCCUGAGAUGUUAAUAAGGCGGACGUUCUACUUCCAGCACGAGUUGUUGUCUCUCUCAAUGAUUUGUGCACCAUUGGGCUUUCUUUUUUCUUGAGACGGCUUAAAAGAUGAUGAAAUAGACCAAUGGACGAGCCACGUGUGAUAUGUCUCUUGGGAUUAUGGGGAUUUGAACAGGUUCCUUCUGUGCUCUCGAGCCCAAGUCGAGGAGCAGAACAAUGGGCGGACAUCCUGAGGGGGCGUUUGGUAACCCAACAUGAUCACCACAGUGAUCUAAGAUCUCCGGUGAUCCGAAUGCUGGGGUGAUUUGAAUUUCAAUGAUUUAAGAUCAACGUGUUUAGUAAGCCAUAGUUCAGUGGUUAAAAAUUUCUGGAUAUCCCUGAAUAACUUAUUUGGUAUGAUGCGGAAUUCAA